GUGCUGCGCAGAUAGCGUGGCGCCAAACCAGCGCCGUCCAACUGAACCAGUGGACAGGGCUCGAGGAGGCAGCCCCGCACUACACUACUCGAGGGAAGCAGGGAACCGUCGAACCGAGGCCCCGUCCGUCCCAACUCACGUGUACGUACUCCUCCUGUCCUGCUGACUGAUCCGCAUGCUGCCGGUCGUCCACCGCCGAUCGUGAAACGCAACCGUCGCCGUACGUUCGUCGCUAGCUUGCCGCCGAUCGCCGACCUCGCGCGCGGACACUCACACACAUGGUCAUGGCGCCUCAGCCUUCGCGCGCUCUGAGUCCGAGGCUGAGCCGCGCCCCCGGCGCCGGCCACGCGUCGUGCAGGUGCUCGGCAGCGCUCGCGCCGCUCUUCGGGAAGCGCCCGGCGCCCCUCGUGGUGUCGUUCCCGCGCGCCGGCAGCGGCGGCGCCGUCGCCUCCUGCUCGGCCGUGCCGGUGCAGGAGUCGUCCACCUCCACCGCUGUUAGCAAGAAGAAGGACGGUGCCAAUAAGGAGGCCACAGCGGCCAAGCCGAAGAAGGCCGCGGCGCUGCCGCUGCCGGAGAUGAUGCAGGAGGAGAUCAUCCCGCCGCUGAAGGCCGCCUUGGAGGCGGAGGAGGACGUGUCCCAGGUCCAGCUCGCCUUCGAAAACAACACGCUAGAGGGAUCCUUCAUAAAGGACGACGUCCCUUAUUGUUUCUGGGCCUUCUUUCCAAAAGGAGACCUCACAGGACCCAAGGGCUUCGCGCUAUCGUCCUACAGCAACGAGGUGAGCACCAUCGAGCCGUUCCUGAUCGACGAGAAGAGGGUAACGGCCAAGUACGUGGUGUUCUGGGUUUACAAGAGGCUGGCUGGGCAAGGCAUCCUUCCGGUCUGGAAGGAAGAGGAGGGGGAGGAUCAUCAGGACGCCAAGUAGAACACACGCAGGAGGCAGGAGGGUGCUGCUGUGAACCUACACACAGUCAUCAUGUCUGAAACUGUUAAAGUUCGUCUGCUAAUAUAUAUACAGAUGCUAAGAGCUGCUGAGACACAUGCAUUUCAGCAUUUGGCUUCUGCUGCAUAGGCGCAUAGCCAUUCGCAGUCGCAAUCCCUUCGUAAUCUUGUGCUGCAGAAGCCAGUCAAAUUUGUUGAACAAUCGAAACCUUCGUGGGCCGGGAUCGACGACGAGUCCCGUCUGAAAGCUAUGGUAUCUGAAUAUUAUUA